CACCAGGUCACUCCCUUCCUUCUCUCUCGUCACUCAUCCUCACUCCCCUCCCCUUCCUCUCUCUUUUCUUUCUUCUUUCUCAUGUACGCCAUUUUUUUGUUCUUCUUUUUUCUUCUUCCUAUUUUUUGGCCACAUAAAUAAAAGCUUAUGCUCUUGUUUUUCCCUCGAGCAAAUUUACUACCUUGCCAUCUUCCUUAGAUCUGCUACUUUGAUGAUUUUUUUUCUUGAAAUUGAGUUCGUGUUGGGCGUUCGAAGGAUAAUCAAAGACAAAAAGUUCUGCAUCCGGAAAGAAUGGAAGCUCGGGUUUAAAUUCGGGCCAGAUUUCAAUCCUAGAUUUCAAAACCAGGGUGGUAGGAUGGCCACCCAUAAAAGCCAACUAAAAGCCAAAUGAUGAACAAGAUGGAGCCGUGAGUUCAAUUAUGCAAAAAAAAGGAAAAUGAAGUAUGAGAAUUGCAAGGGGGAUUCUCCUAAAUGCCUGGGAUUUGUCAAGAAUGUGGGUGGACUUCCAAUUGGAAGAAAGGUGGAUCUAAAUGCUCACUACAUGUCUGGAAUUUCACUUGUUGCAAAAACCACUGUUGGUUGCUUCAUCUCGAGUCUCGACUUGCAGAGUUGGAUAAGAGGAUAAAUGCAAUAUUGUGCUAUUAAUUUUUGUAAUUAGUUAUAUUGUGA